AUGACUCAACAAGAGCGCGAGCAGAAUGUCGUAUGGGCUCAAGAUAUGCAAGAUGACGGCAUGGUGGCCGGGGUUGGCGACGAAGAUUUCACAAAGUUCCUCGACCUCGACAACGACUUCCAACACUAUGCUGCCAUGAACAAUGGCCACUCCGGCCUCGAUACUCCCAUGGGUCGUCUGGGAUUUGGGAACAGCGCAGCCGACCUGAAUUACACUGGGGUCGAACAGAUGGGUAUCCAUGUGACGUCGACCAGCGACCCCGUCGGUUAUCGCAACCAGCUAUCCACGGAUCACGCCUACGCCGCCCGAUUCCCGCCAUAUCAGCAAGUGCAGAUGCCGUCCCAGUACCACGUUCCUCCCACGCCUGUGAGCGCUGAAAUGCAUCCCGGGAAAUAUGCGCAACAGAUGGGAGGCAAUGGACAGAUUCUGUUCGACCACCAGCAGGUGUCCUUCACUCCACUGGUCUCUCCGGCGCAAACUCCAAUGGACGGCGGGUUCGCCAUGUCCGAUUAUGGGCUGGCAGACGAAUUUUUCAGCCCGUUGACGUCUCCUGCGAUUGAAGCGCAGGCGGCCUUUAGCUCGACUGGCACUACCGCCUCCCCUAUCGACCUCAACGAUUUGAGCGCCGCUGGAAAACCCGUCGCGGCUGGGACGAAGCGCCCUCGACGCAAAGGCAGCAAUGCUGCUCGCGCCCCUGCCGCUCGAAGCGUGAAGCAGUCUCCUGCGAUGAAGCCUCAGCCGCGCCGCCGACAUCCUUCAUUGACUUCAUUGCCCAUAGAUAAAAUCCGAAGCAUGCUUCCUCAGGGUGCGCUAGGUUCAACACUCCAUCCAUCGGCGCCCAAUAGCGCUGUGCUUCACGGGAGCGAUGAUUCGGUUUCGCCGGAACCUUUGUCCGAGGCCACGAUGAGGCCUCCUCCUGUGCCUCACCCGGGCAAGUCGCCACAGUCAAUGGUGAUUGCUCACAAUGCGCAGUCCACUAACCCGGUCACUCCUGCCACAUUGAUGAGGAUGCCUAGUAACCAGUCGGUUGCCAUGAAGCAAAUGGAGCACCAUGGCCCUCUCCAAGGUGCAGAUGAGCCUAUGGAGGACAUCAUGUUACCUGCGGCUGCGGCGUCUGCGACCGCCCCGCAAGGGUUGCCAAGUAUGGACAUUGGCAAAAGUUCGGUUUCUGGCGACAACACUCCUACUCUUUCCGCCAAAUCCGCCAAGAUUAGUGCCGCAAGCACCCCCAGAAGUGCACUGACAAGGGCGACAUCGCAAGAGACCUUUGCGAAACCUGGGAAGAUUGAAAGCCGUGGAGGAGGUCGCGCCAGCAAGAAGCGCCAGAGCACGUCUUCUGCGACAAUUUCUCCUGCCCUGCGGCCUAAAAUCUCUCCUAGUAUCAGCCCGUUAGCUCCUGCAACUGGUCCAGGCAUGUCACACCUUUCAGCUGAAACAAGUGCAUUAUAUCUUGCGUCCAAGUCGAAUUACCAGAACAUACUAGAGGGCACGCACCUACCAGGAGUUUCGUAUCCCGAAACCUUGGCCGAGAAUCUGACGUCGAAACGAACCUCACACAAAAUCGCGGAGCAGGGUCGCCGAAAUCGGAUCAAUCUCGCAUUGAAAGAGAUCGAGGCCCUUCUUCCCCCGUCCAUCCUCGUGGCCAACAGUAAGAAGGAGAGACUUCCCAAAGACGAGAUCGAGGACGGGGAGACAUCGGCGACUGCGACGACGGCCACCAAACCCCCUGCCCCUGGACAGGGUACGAGCAAGGCAAGCACGGUUGAAAUGGCCAUUGUCUAUAUUAAAAGCUUGCAAAGCGAACUGAAAGAGACCAGAGAACGGCUGGAGGCAGCCGAGAAGAAAGUUGCUGAAGCCAGCAACAGGGAGAGCAGUGCAGAGAGCCAAGACACUUCGGAAGCACAGGGCGGAUAG